CAGUGAGCUAAUCAUGGUUGUUCGCCUGCGAUUGCAACGCUUUGGCCGGCAUGACCGCCCUUUCUAUCGGAUUGUUGCAGCGGACAGUCGGGCCCCACGAGACGGUCGUUUCAUUGAGCGGCUCGGUUCUUACGACCCCAUUGCAAGCAAAGACGGCGUUAAAGAAGUGAGGUUGCACAGUGAUCGCAUCAAGUACUGGCUUUCUGUGGGAGCCCAACCCUCAGACCGAGUGGCGUGGCUCAUGAGUAAGUACAAUCUGCUGCCCGAGGCGCCGCUGCGACCGAUGACGUUACGUCAUUUACCCAGAAAAGAGAGGAAAGAGGUGGUAGAGGCGAAGAAAGCGGCAGCAGCAGCCGCCCGAGCGAAGUCUCAGGGGGCUGCGCGGCAGAUGCACACAGAGAGUGGGGGCAAAAGAGACGAAGAAAAGGGGGGCGGGCUCGUAGCAGGGCCGGUGGGCAUGUUGACCGGUUGGGCGGUGAUGGCUCGAUUGAGAGACAGCUUAAGUCUACCAUGGGCGAGGAGACGCGAGCACGUGUAGAUACAGUCACGAGGCUAUGGCCGGAGGAGGGCACAGGGAUGGGAGGGGGCUCGCGCGCAUGAAGAAUUAAACAUUCUCAGAGG